UCCUCGUACCCUUCGCAAGCUCGAUCUGCAGCUUCCAACCUUUAACUUGCGAAGAGCCGAAGACAAAACAUUUGAGAAGGUUUUCAGGUCUCCUCUUGAACCGCUCUCUGCUUUGAGCAGGAGCUUGAUUUCAGGUGUUGAUGGCGGCUUUUAUGCGUAGUCUCUCCUCUAGGACAACCCUUGUGACUCGACGAGUCAGUCCUUCUUUUAGUUGUAUUCUCCAUGAUAAGGAUGAUAAAAGAGGUAAAUCCAUUGAUGAAGGUCCACCACAAAGGAGAAUCAGUGACUUCCUUCAACAGAGGUCAUUUGGGAGCAGCUUUAAUAACUCUGCUGCUGGUUUUGGCCCUUUCUUCAGGGAUAAUAGAUCCUCACAUUACUCUGGUUUGCCAAGUGCUGGUCUCUCCUUUUACCGGUUUAUGUCGAGUACGGGCAGUGAGGCAUCAGACCAGAUUGGUCUGAUGAGCGAUGUUGCAGAUGUUUUUACUGAUGCAACCGUGCAAGCCGUGGCCACCCAGGCCCCAGCUGUGAGUGAGGUUGCAAUUGCUGCAGCUGAUUCAUUCUUACCUAUUGCAGCUCUUCAAUAUUUGAUUGACGCGGUGCAUUCAUUUACCGGAUUCAACUGGUGGGCUUCUAUUGCUUUGACGACUGUGUUGAUUAGAAGUGCAACAGUGCCGGUUUUAAUACAUACACUCAAAUCUACUUCUAAACUUACAAUCAUAAUGCCACGCUUGCAGGAGAUUCAGGAAGAGAUACAAAAAAAAGGAAUGGACCCGGUCGCUGUUGCUGAAGGUCAAAAAGAAAUGAACAAGCUUUUUAAAGAACAUGGUGUUACUCCAUUUACUUCAUUAAAAGGGAUCUUUGUUCAAGGUCCUGUUUUCCUCUGUUUUUUUCUUGCGAUUUCUAACAUGGUGGAAAAAGUGCCGUCUUUUAAAACUGGUGGUGCAUACUGGUUUAUGGAUCUCACAACUCCAGAUAGUUUGUAUAUCUUUCCAGUUUUGACCGGUUUAUCAUUCCUUAUAACACUCCAGUGCAACAUGCAUGAAGGUAUGGAAGGAAAUCCUAUUGCUGGCACCAUGAAAAAAUUUCUAAAAGUCUUCGCUCUCCUUUCGGUUCCAAUGACUGCGAGUUUUCCUACGGGCAUAUUUUUUUAUUGGAUUACAUCCAACAUGUUUUCACUCGUUUAUGGAACAGCUCUUAAAGCUCCUGGGGUGAAGAAGUACUUGGGUAUUCCUGAGAUACCCAAGCCGCCACCUGGCAGUAAACCUCCUUUAUCUCUGCUUGAAAUGUACCAAAAAAUGAAAGAACAAGCCUCCGCAACACAAGCCUCUGCAACACAAGCCACAGCAAGCCAGGAAACUUUCUCACCAUUAUUGCCUGCUGAAUCAUCGAAGGCUACAAACCAGAGAAUAUCAUCAUCUUCUGUUCUCAGUCAGAGGCUUAAAACUCUGGAAAAGCAAUCAAAGUGGAAAAACAAAAACAAGAAGGGGUAUAAGCCUCUUUCUUCUUCACUGGGGAAAUAGUGAUGUUGUUAGAAUUGGUUAUUUAAGCAUUAUUUAAUGGGAGAGCUAUAAAGUCCCCACUAGAGGCUAGAUAGAGAAUAAGUUGAAUUGAAAUUUUGGCAUCUAAUGUUUCCUUAGAUGAUUUGAAUCCUGAAGGGUUUUAGGAGCUAUACAGUAGCUGUGCCAUAAUGCACAAACAGUGAUGCACUCUUGAGAGAGAUAACAAUUUUUGACCUCAUGUUCUUCAUUUUCAUGACCAUCAAAGCAUGGAAUCUGUACUGUAAUAUAUUGUUUUUGAAAUUGUUUUGAUUAUAUAUUAUAAAGAAAGUAUUGCUUGAUGAUUC